CCGUUCAACUGCUGUCACGUAAUAAAAUAUUUAAUAGAACCGCUUAUCAGUGACCUAAACGGUUUACGAAUCGCAACAAAGAAACAAGGACCAAGAUGAUGAAUAUGUUUAUAAUGGUACUGGUGCUUGGUUCCUGUUGUACUUCCUUUGGGUUCUUUCUUGCAGGCUCAUGUGCAAACAACACUCAGUGUCAACACGGGGGUACCUGUCUUUAUGCAACGAAUCAACAUUUUUUGAGGGUUUGCCAAUGCAAACCCGAAUACACAGGGCAACACUGUGAAGAAAGGCUUACACCAACAACCUCAACAAGCACAACACCAGCGCCAACGACGACAACGGUUGCGACGACAACAGAGUUACAUAUGUACACAGAUGCGCUUACAUGCUCGAAGUACAAUACGGUCCUGGCCAUAGCGGACGGAUUCAUAUCCCACAAUGACCAUGCGGCGGCGUGUCCGGGUUCCGGUAACCAUGCGACACCGGAAGCACUUGUUAUGGACUACUGUCAAGUGCAACAUCCAAGCGAAUGGGCACCCGACCACAAGGUCAUGACACAUUGUUCGGCUGUUCCAAUGUACACGCCUGUAAUAGAGAUUACUGCAGAGACAAACUCAUAUUCAUCCAUUACGUCGUUGUCGGGGAUUUUUCUCGGUUGUCUUCAUGCACCCGAGGGGUUCAAGAUGGCUGUUCAGAUGUGUGACUCGCCGCCAAAAAUCAUGCACGUGACCACAAGCGCCGACAUGUUUUAUACGAUUAAAUGAAGACUUUAGGUCCUGUCAGAAAUAAAAUUGUAAAUCAUA